CGAGAAAAAGACACGGGCAAAGCCUCGCUUAAAAAUGAGUAAUUACUGAAAGAAGAAAAUAAUGAACCAAGAACUGAACUGAGCUGGGCUUGUAAGUUGUAACGAAGUUGAUCACUGAGAAAGAAUGGACAAGGAAGUGAAACCGACGAAGCUCGACUACUACGAAGACACGUCCAAACUUCAGUCAAAAUCGAUACUCAUUUCCGACUUCAAGGGCGAUGAUGGUAGGCGUGCAUUGAUACUGGAGUCGACAAUAUUUCAUCCACAAGGCGGAGGUCAACCUUCCGACACUGGCUUCAUCACUGCCGUCGAUUCUGACUUCAAGUUUAUUGUUCAAGAUGUUCGAUCGAAGGAUGGGAUUGUUUUUCAUUAUGGGGUCGUUGAGAGCUCUGGCGGGGAUCUUGAAAUGGUGUUAGAGAAGGGGAAGGAAGUUGCUUUAUUUGUUGAUGAGUCAAGGCGCAUACUGAAUUCCAGGCUGCACUCAGCUGGGCAUUUGUUGGAUGCAUGCAUGCAGAUUAUCGGUUUAGGGCAUUUGGAGCCAGGAAAAGGCUACCAUUUCCCUGAUGGGCCAUAUGUCGAAUAUAAAGGCUCAGUUCCUCAAAAUGAAGUGCAAACCAAAGCAAAAGAACUGGAGUUAGAAGUUAAUGCAUUAAUAUCUAGAGGAGGGAAGGUUUUUGUUGCUGUAUUACCAUAUGAAGAAGCUUCUAAACUGUGUGGUGGUUGCCUUCCUGAUUACAUUCCCAAGGGAAGCACUCCUCGAAUUGUGAAGUUGGGGGAUAAUCCUGGUUGUCCUUGUGGCGGUACACAUGUUUCUGACAUUUCAGAGAUUGUAAGCAUGAAGGUUUCUCAAAUUCGAACAAAAAAGGGAAUGACCAAAGUUUUCUACACCGUUGGGACCUAAUGCUGGGAUUAGCCUUUCAUUUCUGUUCACAGGUAUUUGAUUAUGUCAACUGGGGAGGAUAAUGAAGUGCAGGAAACAAGAACAUUGGCUGUGUUGAUCCAACUAGAAAUCAGACAUUUCCCACUUUGUGUUGUCUUCUCUUGACAGCUUUGUAGUAUUCUUGAAGGUAAAAACUUGCUUCAGAGCAUUGUUUGUCAUAGAUAAUUACUACCUCCCGUGGAGCUAUUCAGCUAAUUAAUAGACGUUAUCAUGCCA